AUGAAGUCUAACGUAUACUUAUUCGUACGUCACAUCAUAGAGCGCAAAUAUCACACGUUGAUACCAUUUCGUAUUUUCCGCGGAGAUUGUAAUUUGCUCCACAGAGAUCUCAUGUUACAUUGCAAGAGUUAUAAAAAUAUGCCGCGCUGUCCUUCACGCAUUUCCGACAUACAAAGGUUGAGGCAAAAGAUGAAGGGAAAAUCUGUAAUGUAUGUUACCAGUGCGAAUGUAUCGUUGCAGAUUCUAGGCAGCGGAGCUCGUGGCGCACCAAGAUGCGUUUAUUUAUCAACAGGUCAUAUCAGCUACAUUUUUAACUGUGGAGAAGGAACACAGAAGCUGGCGCACGAACACAAAUACAAGCUGAUAAAGUUGGAACAUGUGUUUAUAACAUCUGCUAAUUGGGACAACUUGGGUGGCAUGCCUGGAAUGUUGCUAACGAUACAAGAUGCUGGAGUACCAAAGAUCAAUAUACAUGGUCCCAAAGGCACUGUAGAGAUUUUUGAUGCAAUCAAGAGAUUUGUUAAUCUGCAGGACUUGAAAGUACACGAAGCCACAUGCGACGAGUUGCAAACAUAUAAGGACCAGGUGAUGACUGUUACGUACAUUCCCAUUGCAAAAUCAACUGUGCACGAAGUAGAGUCUACCGACAUAGGAGAGGAAGUGGUUGACAAUAUCAAUUAUUAUGACUAUAUGGCCAUGUCGAAUACUAAAAGAUCACUGGACAGUACAGAAGAGAAGAAGGAUAAAUCUUGGGUGACAGGACAGAAGUCAGAUAUGAAAUUGAUAUCACAGGCGAUGUCUUACAUUUGUAAAUUGCACCCUCGACAAGGCAAACUGUUGCUGGAGAAAUGUGUGGAAAAGGGAGUGAAGCCUGGUCCUCUGUUCGGUCAGCUCAAAGCUGGUAAGGAUAUUACUUUGCCAGAUGGCACGGUUGUUUUGAGUAAGGACGUCUGUUCUCCGCCGAUACCAGGCCCCACUUUCUUAGUUGUGGAGUGCCCGUCGGAAGAUUAUUUAGAAUCCUUUGUAAGUCAUACCGCCUUUGCGCGUCACCAACACGUGACAACGUCGAUGAAAAACGACGUGCCCUAUUGCGUCGUACACUUUACACCUCAGAAGGUGAUGGACGAUCCUCGUUACGUGGAUUGGAUGGAAAAGUUUGGCUCCUACACGCGUCAUAUAGUCGUAAAUGAAGAGAACGAGUGUAUGGGUGUUGAAGCGUCUCACAAGCAUCAGCACAAGCUCCAUAUGCUGCACCCCGAGAUAUUCCCUUUUUUAAACGAAGAUUGCUUUCAGAAGAAAACACGGACAGAAGAUCCAUGUAUCAUACAUCGUUCCAGAACACAUCACACUGUCCACCUGCAACCGGAACUGAAAUUCGAUACAGAGACCGAGGUAUCGUUGCACCCGAAGGAAUAUGUAAACGAGAUAUUUGAGAUCGACGGCUUUUUAGACGCGCUGGCAGAGCUACAAACCAACGUCAACGCCCAAACGAAGGCAUUGUCCAUCGUGAACGAUUACCCGAAGAUCCUUAUGCUGGGCACUGGCUCUAGCAUACCGAGUAAAGUCAGAAACACAAGCGGCAUACUCUUACGAAUCGACGAGAACAAUAGUAUGUUGUUGGAUUGCGGUGAGGGUACGUUCGGGCAGAUUGUGAAAUUUUACGGAAGGUCCGAGGCGGAUAAUAUCAUGCGAUCAAUUAAGGCAAUUUACGUGUCGCAUUUGCAUGCGGAUCAUCACAUCGGAUUAAUUGGUCUGAUGAAACAAAGGAGAAAAGUCGCGCAAGAUCCUUUAUAUCUGUUCGCGCCGGCGCAUAUCGUCGCAUGGUUGCAGUUUUAUCACAAACGUUUCGAGCCUAUUUUCCAUCGGAUAACAUUGAUAUCGAACAGCGAGCUCUUUAUGGAUGUGCAUGAACCGAUGGAGUACAGAUAUAAGAACAUGUACAAGACCGUGAAUGUGCGAGCCAUCAGAACAGUGUACGUGAAUCACUGUCCUUACUCUUACGGUGUUUCCAUAGAGCUGAAGGACGGAAACAAAAUAGUUUACAGCGGUGACACCAUGCCCUGCGAGAAUCUCGUGAAACUCGGACAAGAUUGCGAUCUACUGAUUCACGAGGCGACUAUGGAGGAUGAUCUUGUAAAAGAAGCAAAGUUGAAGUAUCAUUCGACGGUGUCGCAAGCCAUAGAAAUGGGUGAACAGAUGAGGUCCAAGUUCACGCUAUUGACGCACUUUAGCCAACGCUACGCGGCUAUACCGUAUUUGCCGCAGAGCGAGAAUGACUCUAGACUGCGUAAUGUCGGUAUAGCGUACGACAAUAUGCAAGUCAGCCUGUCGCAAUUGCCUCUCUUGCCACUGAUGUAUCCGACGUUAAAAGUGAUGUUCAACAAGCAUUGUGUCGAAUUGGAAGAACGAGCCGCUAAGCGGCAACGGUUGAUGAAUCAGUAAUGCCUGAGAAGAAGAUCGGCGUUACAAUCAGCCGCAUCUUGUAUACCAAUCUGUACAUAAUAAAGAGCUGCGUUUCGACAAACAUA